AUGGGGGAGCCUCCCUCCAAGCGACCUCGCGUGCUUGCCGACCUGCUGAAGAGUCCAGAUCCAGAUUCAAAUCGCCUGUUGAAGACUGGCCGCCAGAAUGACAAGAAUGGCUUGCCAGUCACUAGUGUCGCCAGUCUGGGCGAUUCGCGGCCGAGGGAAGCACAAGAGACGAAUUUGGAAGACGCCGUUAUUGGUUGGCAAGCUGGUGACGAGGAUCCGACACCAAUCUUCCUUGUAAAGAAAGGUAAAAAGGAACUGUCCAAAGGAGAAGUAUAUGAUACACAGAGCGAGGAGAUCGGGAAAAAGUACCAGUACUCGCCAAUCGCCAAAGCACAUCGCCAAAGGUUUAAUUGGGUCGCUCAGUCGGAUGGUGACAAGUUCACUAGGGAUGCCAGCAAGAUGAAACCAGCCAAACGAACGGAUGGGAUGAGCGGCAGGUGGACAUGUGACGUCUGCGGCAAGAGUAAUUGCGGCAGCCUGUUCGUGUUCCGGGCUUUCCUCCGACAAGAGCACCUCCCAAGAAGCAGUCACAGAGGAUCUCGGCGGCUGGAUCCAUUCGUGGCCUACAUCUCCCAGCGAUGUGGCCAAGGCCUCCUUGGCCAGCUGGCGGAGUACACUCGUGUCCAAGAAGAAAUUUUUAGCCUUGCCACCCUCGACAUCGAGAUUGCACGAAAUCACCUUGAAGAGUCCAUGCGCCAGAGCAGCCGCGAGAACCAGCAAUUCCUGAUCGGCGAACUGUCCCGCGUGGCUGGGGUCGGCGCCUCUGCUCCAAAGACAGUGGAGAUGGAUUCCGUGGAGCGCAUGAUGGGAGGCCGAGGAGGCCGGGUGCCCCUCCUGCGGAGCCCCGAGGACGUCUUCCGCGCCAUGGCCCGGAGUUUGGGGCCGCGGGUGAAUGCGCGGCUCCUGGCAGCUGCCGCUGUCUCAGCCUCAGGGGCCUCCGGAGCAGACUUCAAGGCUUUAGAGGGCUACCUUGGUGAAGCAGCUGAAAGCCUGCGGGCUGGUGGUCCCUUGCCAAGGGUUCCUGCGAAAUGGCCUCUGUCGGAAGUGGUUGCUUGCGUUGAAGCCAUCCUCCGAGCCGCCAACAGGACGGAACCACCCUACCUGCGAGUGGAAUUGGCAUGUUCCGGACACUCCGAGGUGAAGGUCUAUGGUCCAAGCGAAGAGAACAAAAUGAACAAAGCCAUGACCAUACGGCUGGGCUUCCUGCACUCCAAAGGGUCCUUGCAUGCCUUCGCGCCCUCCAAGCCCCCAAAAGAAGAAGCGUUGCUCUUGCAGCAGCGCUUGGAGCAGGUUGCUGGGAACCCGGCACGUGUAGACGGAGCACCCGGAGCACCCGGAGCACCCGCAGCUCCCCAGCCCAGCGGCUCUCGUCCACGACAUGCCGGUCGAGCUGAGAGUCUUGGCCCAGGUUGGCACAGCUGCGACUGGGCCAAGCAGCUCAAACGUUUGCUCGCUGCUGACUUCGAUUUUUCCAAGCGACCUCUGCACCUUGCCACGGGCUGUUCAGGUGCCGAGGCACCGCACUUUGCACUGUGCCAGCUCGUUGGUCUCGAAGGCUUCGAACAACUUUUUGGUGCUGAGAUCAACGACAACCCCCGACGAUUCAUGCUUAACAACUGCAGGUCUCAGCACACGUUCUAUGACGUGCGAGAUGUUACGAAAGGUUCGGGGAUGUGUGCUCGUCAUGGGUGCACAUGUGAUGUGCCACAUGGGGAAAUUGACAUCUUCGUCGGUGGAUUUCCCUGCACUCCCUUUUCCUUCUGCAACCCCAAGCGCUUUAAGCGCAACUGCUUCUCGGAGCCAGCAGCGGUGCCAUUUUUCGAGAUGCGGAAGUUUAUUGCUGCUAGGCGGCCAAGGCUUGUGAUUCUGGAGAAUGUCAGAGGACUCCUGGCUCCAAACCCUGAGACAGAGGAGCGUCCUAUUGACUUCAUCCUGCGUGGCCGAAACCCUGAAGACUCAGCUCAGUGCUACCCGGGCACGCGCCCCAAAGACGACUGGGGCCUUGAGCUCAUCAAAGGCUACGGGCUCCGCUGGGAUAUUUUGUACUCCUCAGAUUGGGGCUUGCCACAGAAGCGCCCCCGGGUCUACAUUGUCAUGGUGCGCGAUGAUGUGGGUGGCCAAGAAGCUGCCGAUCGCAUCUUUGAAGUGCUCCGGACAUGCGCAGGGCACUUGCCACCAGGUUCUUGCAACGAUUUCCUGUAUCCCGAUGGACAUCCCAGACUGGAGUCCGUGAAGCGUGCCGAAACUGCGAAAACAAGAGGUUCCCGCAAAGUCUGCACAAAAUUCACGGAAGCGCUGUUCCGCACGACACGGCAGGACUUUGGCCUUGGAGCUUCUGACCGUCCGUACUCCAAGGAACGCCCUAGUGACUGGUUUCCACGGGCCACAGAGAAGAUGGUGCAACAGCUGGACAUCAUCUAUGAAAGAGCUCAGCACCAGGGCCUGGAUUUAAGCUUCUUGUUGGCCGAUCUUAGCCAGCAGGUGUCGCGUGGAGCUUGGAGGGAUGAUGGUUACGUCCCAACGCUGACCACUGCGAGCUUACUCUACAGCUACAGUCACCAUCGGGCUCUUCUGGGCGAGGAGUGCCUGAAGCUGAAUGGCUUCCCCGUGGAUGAGCUCAACUUGGACGCUCACACGCAGCAGGAGCUCAUUUUCUUGGCCGGCAAUGCAAUGUCGGUGCCGGUGAUUGGCGCCGUCAUUUUUGCAGGAUUGGUGUCGGUCACAUGGGGCGACAACAGAAGGGCAGCGAGAGCGGCGACGCUGCCGUGUGCUUUGGAGCAGGGCAAAGCACAGAGAAAGAACUUGGAUGUGGGGAAACUUCCAGCCCCACCGUUUCCCACGUUUCCCACGUUUCCCACGUCGACGUUGGUGGAUGACGACGGGCAUUCGGAGAGCGCAGAGUCCGAGGAGUCCAAGCUGGCACGUCGGGCCGCCGUUCUCCUGCUCAUGGCCAAGGAGUUCACGCAACAACCGAAGAUCAAUCGACAAGACCGAAAGCGGGGAAGAAGCACAAAGUCAGGGCUCGCGGCGGCAAUGGAGGCUUCGGCGAACGAAAGCAGCGAGGAGGAGGAGGAGCACGUCGAGGCCGAUGCUGACUGGGAUUGGAGAUGCAAGAAACUCCCGGUGGCAAAGGAUCGUGAUCUGUGUGCCUGGCUUGGAGAGGCCACGCAGCUGUUGGCGCGCGAAGCGAACGUGGAUGUGCAAGGGUUCGUGGUUAGAUCCUUGCGGGGGCUGCAGGCAAAGCCGGACACAGCAAUCACACAGCUGGCGCAGCAAGGGCUCCGCAUCACCGUCGACCAGCUCCGCAAGCUGGGCUAUGCAGAGGCUAAGCAGAUCUGGGGCCGUCUCUUGGUGUCCGAGAUGUUGGGGGCUUUGGAAAACGAGGACUUUGAGGAGAGUGGCUUAGGGGAUUGGUGGCUGCUCCGGGCGAAGGAGCUCGAGGACUCGGAGCAUUCGGAGCAGAGGGCCCGGCUCCUGGAGAAGCUGACAAAGAAACCUCACAUGCUCUCGAGGCUCCUGGCACCACUGCUCGUCAAGUGGAGCAGCGCGAAAGGAGGAUGCCGAAGCCGACGUGAACUCCAAGGGCUGAAGCAAGCCAUCGAAGCUUUCCUUUGCGCGGAUGUGAGCCUGGCAGCCGCUUCGAAACUCAGCAAGGCUUGCCUGGAUAUGGCCAAAGCGUGUGAGAGACAAAGCCAGCCCGAAUCCUCACAAGCUUUUCGCAGUUGGGCCUUCAAGCUGCAAGAUGCGGCUUUCACACGUCGCUUUGAGACAAUACUGACAAGCGCGUUGCGGGAGUCUGAGUUUGAGCAGUUGGAGCAGACCUGCAGCGAAAACAAGGACUGGGCCCUCCUACGAACAGGAGCCGCCUGGCAGGUCUUCCGGCACCUGCAACGGCUUCAAAAUGCCAACGAAGAGACCGUGGCGAACCUUGCUACAAACUUGACAGCGUUAAGGCCAGGCUCGCUAGCAACAGCUUUGGACAGGUUUCUGCGGCAUAGCUAUCCUUCGAUGGCAGUCCGCGUGCAUUUCGUGGAAGCCAGGACCGCGACGCCAUCGUCCGUCAAACGAGAUGCAGUCACUUCCGUCAAUCAGCACUCUGCGAGGCUCUUUGAAUCCGAGCUGAAUCUCCUGCGUCGCAUUGAGAACAAUGUGACCCCAUACUUGGAUCAAACUUUGCAGUGGGCGCCUGUUUCGCAAGAGUGGAAGCAGGAGCUGGAGAGAAGAAUUUCGGAUUGGAGCAACUGCCUCAACGCGGUCAUGACGAGUUCGGCGGCAGACAUGCAACACCUCGCACAGGUUCACAGUCGGCUACUACAGCAGGCCGAGGGCGUCUUGCAAAGAGCUUGCGAGAAGCAUGCUCUCAUGCAAGAUGUUGCUGGCAGACUACUUCUCUUCGAGCACGCCUUGGUUGCCCAUCAGUGCCAGGAUGCGUUGCGGAACACCGAUGUUGUCGAGUCUGCUGUGAACUUGUUUAUGGCCUGCUCUUCGCAACUCGAGCUUCAGCCUUACCUGACCGAGCUGCGGCGCAAUGUGGGGCUUCUCCACAUUGCCGUUGCUUUGCAAGGACAGGAGGUAGAGGAUGCUGCACAGGCAGCAGCUUCUUGUAGUUUGGAGUUGCUGCCGGGAUGGGGGAGAGUUGUUUCCCCAAGCGGGCUCAGCAUCUUCCAAUCUGGCAACGACUGGCGAUGGUCCAUACCGCUGGUGCUGCCAUGUGCCCAGGAGCCCAGCAGCCACUCCACUGGCAGCGCUGCC